AGGGACGCUCAUAACUUCACGCAGAAACGUCUUCACCGCUUCCCACUUUCUCUCGUUCGUCUCUAUCUCUCUUCUCUCUCUCUCUCUCUCUCUCUCUCUGUCCCCAAACCCAAAACCCUUUCAUCUUCAUCGAUUUUGGAGUAGCUUUUCAUUCAUUUUUUGUCGUAACCAGCAUAGAAUAGUGAUGUUAUCGAUGGGAUUCAAUGGAAUGCACAACAACAAUGCUCGUGGAAGAGACCCGGAUUUCGGUGCGAUAUUUAUGUCGAAUAGCGGAACAAAGAGGGAAUGUUUCAAGAGGAAACUAUUUGGCCUUCCAUCGUCUGAAAUCAAGUUUGUAGAGAAGGUUAAAGCCGGGAUGAUUUUGUUUUUAUUUGAAUAUGACAAGAGACGACUUCAUGGUGUCUUCAAGGCUACUUGUGAUGGAUCUGUCAAUAUUGUGCCUAAUGCCUUCGCUGCUUCAGGGAAGCAAUUCCCUGCUCAGGUUAAGUUCGUUCCAAUUUGGUUCUGUGAGCCACUUCAUGAAAAGACAUUCCGGCGUGCAAUCAAAGAAAAUUACUUUUCAACUUACAAGUUUAACUUCGGGUUAUCUGAAAAGCAGGUCUCUGAACUUCUAUACUUGUUCAGCAAGAGAAAGCUAGAAGUGGAGGCUCCUGGGAGAUCCUUAACCAGAACAGAAGACUUGAAAUCAGACCGGGACAAAGUAGGUAAAGUUCGAAGAUCUGUUCGUCGUGAAAUGCAUGUUGAAACUGUUCGAAAUGAGCAAAGAAGUAUGAGUGAUAUCAUUUCACCAAUCUCAAUGCAUAAAUACCAUGGAGAUUCUUUGCAUCACAAUCGAGAAGAUGAAUAUAUUGGAUUGAAUAGAAGUGAUAUUGUUGUAAACAAGCAAGGAAGAGCUGCUGAGCUCAUGGUGGAUGCUACAAAUGGUUAUGCUAGUGAAUAUUUGACAUUCGAAGAUGAAAGCAGAUUUUCUGCACAUGAGAGUGAGGAUUAUAUUAGUAUCCGUACAUCUGAGUUUGCCGUGGAUACUAAUGGAUAUGUUAGUGAUUAUUUGACAUUAAAGGAUGAAAGCAGGUUUACUGUGCAUGAGAACAAAGAUUAUAUGGACAUCCAUUCCAGGCCAAACAUCAUGGGCGGAUAUUCCAAAAGUCUAUCUGAUCAAAUUAUUGCUCCUGGUGAUCUCAGGUUAUCAAUUAGGGAUAGGGUUAUGGGUCAAGACAUAAGAGAGACUGAUCAGAGGAUGGUACCUUCAGAUGAUAUUCGUGGUUUACAUAAUUACGAUGUGAAUCCAUCUCUCUUUUACGGAGAGCCUAGGCCAACUUCUGCAACACAAAGAGAUAUGAGCUGUAGGAGCAAUCUUCUGUAUAAUGCAGAUGCUCCUGAUUUAAAUUUCAAUCAGUCAUCAUCUGUUGGAUUUUAUAGUGGUUCUAAGUCGAUAAUAGACACCACUUCUCCUUUAAGAAACAGUGAAAGGAAUUCAUUAAAUAGCCAACCACAUCUCAUGCUUCCAGAACUGAAAGACAUGAACAGAUGGCAUGAUAGUGGUGGUGACUUUCUUAAUUCUGUUUUAUACAGUAGCAGCAGAGAUUGCAUGUUUUUCAAUGAGGCUCGAAAUUCUGACCUGUUGGCACCAGAGUCUCGUUUACACGAAGCUUGCAAUAACAUUCCUUCCUUGAUGCCUCCAUCAGCUCCUAUCCCUCCUUCAGAUAUUGGGAAUUCUGGCAGGGUACAUGGGCCCUUUUCUUCCAUGUUCUAUGAUAGCAAAUCAUCUUCAGGCAAUAAUAUUAAUCCUGUAGCAUUACAAGAAAAUAUGAGUCAUGAGAUAGCACUACCAAAGAACAAUGUGAUGUUUAGUCCUGAUGUUCCUUGGGCAAGUGAGAGUCCUUCCCAAGUCCAAUAUGGUGAUUCAUUAAAUCAUGAAUAUGAUAUUGGAUCUUAUCGUGAUUCUCAAACUGUUAAGUCUGGUCAUCCCAAGAAAAAAAGUAGUGUGUUUUCUCGUUUAUCUUUUGUGCAGGAUGUUGACAAACAAGAAAAUGCAAACAAUGCACGGAAUAAGAAACAUGAUUUCCAUACUUCAGUUGAUGAAGUGAUGGAAAUGGUACGUCACAGUCAGAACCAGUGGACGACAAAAAGAAUGUCAAAGCCAAGCAAGCACAGCAAGGCUGAAAGUUUGAGGAGUAGAACUCAAUUAACUGGUUCAAGGAAGAAGGAUGAUUGCUUUGAAAAUACCUUGAAGGAUCUAAGUACGGAUUUGACUACUGCAAGUGGAGACAAGUCGAUGACAAAAAGAAUGUCAAAGCCAAGCAAGCACAACAAGGCUGAAAGUUUGAGCAGUAGAACUCAAUUAAUUGGUUCAAGGAUGAAGGAUGAUUGCUUUGAAAAUACCUUGGAGGAUCUAAGUAUGGAUUGGACUACUGCAAGUGGAGAAAAUUCCAAUAAAAUAGCUGAAGAUGUAUCUUUUGUGGAUUUCAAGCGUCGCAGCAAAGUGAGGAAACUUAGUGAUGAGACUGAGAUUAGAAGUUCCGAUGAGAGUGAAAAGACUGAGAAUUUGGUACUUGUGCAACCGAAGAGAAGAAAGUUGGUCCGCCCAAAUUUCAACAAAAGUACAACUUCUGAUGACAAGGGUGUCGAUCUUGGUGCUUCUCAAAAUUUACCUUUGUCACAUGGGAGUUGCAAUCUUAUGGAUGCUAGCAAAAGUGGCUGUUCUUUGCCACAAACAGAGGCAAAAAUUAAAACUAGCAUUUUAGCACUUUUAGCUCGUGCUGAACUGCAAAACAUUAUUGGUAAUGCACACUCUGAAGAUAAGAAUACUACUCAGGCCAGGGGACGUGUCUGCAGCGAAGGAGGAGAAAAAGCAACAGACCGUGCUCUUACUGCAUUUCAUGAUGGAUCAGAAUGCAUAGAGAAUGUAAAAAAUACGAAUGUUUUUUCUUCAGCUUCUUGCAGAGACAAGAGUUGCCAUAUGAAGGAAGGUUUCUGUGCGAUGGAUAGCAUAAAAUCAGUUCCACAGGACACGGAAUCAUUUCAUUCUAUUUGUCAAGAACAUAAUGGAGAGGCAUCUGCUGGAAGAGGUAUGAAGGAAGGUUUCUGUGCGAUGGAUAGCAUAAAAUCAGUUCCACAGGACACGGAAUCAUUUUGUUCUAUUUGUCAAGAACAUAAUGCAGAGGCAUAUGUUGGCAGGGGUAUGAAUGCUGAAGAAGAAGCACUGAAAGAUGGAUCUUCAUAUUUGCAGAACUCUGGUAAUGAAAAAGCUCCAAUUGAAACUCCUCAUAUCAAUGAGGGCUUAGGUGUGAUGGAUAGUACGAAAUCAGUAUUUCCAGGCAUAGAAUCACUGCAUUCCGUUUGUCAAGGGCACCAUUUGGAUAAGAUCAUAUGUGCUAGCAGAGGUAUUAAAACUCAUAAUCAAAAAGCUUCAAUUACAACUUGCUGUCAUAUCAAGGAAGGCUUAGGUAGUAAUGGUAGUGUAAAAUCAGUGUCUGCAAAUUCGGAAUCACCGCGUUCAAUUUGUCAAGAACGUCAUGCAGAUAAGAAUCAUGAGAUCCUACAUGCUGGCGUAGGUGUUAACUCUGAAAAACGAAUGCCAAAAGAUGGAAGCUCCUCCUUAGCCACUGAAUUUAAAGAUGGAUCAGACACUUCACAGUUCUCUGGCAAUGACAAUGCUCCAAUUGAAUCAGUGUCUGCAAACUCGGAAUCACUGCGUUCAAUUUGUCAAGAACGUCAUGCAGAUAAGAAUCAUGAGAUCCUACAUGCUGGCGUAGGUGUUAGCUCUGAAAAACGAAUGCCAAAAGAUGGAAGCUCCUCCUUAGCCACUGAAUUUAAAGAUGGAUCAGACACUUCACAGUUCUCUGGCAAUGACAAUGCUCCAAUUGAACAAAAGAUGGAUUGAACUUUCAUCGUUGGCUUGCAUACACCAUUCUAACUAUGUUUUGGGAGAAAAUCCAGAAACAUGUGAAGUUCUGGGAAUUUUUGUAGACUGUACUGUGUUAUUCAGGGGAGGCUGUAGUCGGUUGGAGAAAAAGUUGAUAUGUUCCGCAAGUCGUUUUUAGUUGAAACGUUGGAAAGAACAAUGUUUUGUGGGAGUUGAUGAUAGGCUUGUUUGAGACACUUUUGUAAUAGAUCAAUUCUCCUUUCAAGUUUGAAAUCUUAUAUUUUGUAAAUGCCCGACUUGAAUAUGAUUCUAAAAGUAUUUUUUUGGUUACAUAAUUCUGAAAGUAUUGCAAUGCAAUGACCAUUAACACUAUAUUGGGAAGUAAGGCACAACUAACCUCAGGCUUUGAA